AUGGAUAAUCCCAAUCCCACAAUAAUUUUUCAUGUCAGAGGCAAGUUUGCAAAGGCUGGCGGUGAUGUAAUAUACGAAGGAGGUGAAGAAUUGUCCUAUUCUAAACUUGAUCCCGAUGUAAUCAGCACUUGGGAUCUAGCCGAAGUGGUAAAAGAGGAAGCAAAUAUGGUUGCUGAUUUUCAGAUGUAUUUCAGAACGUGCACUGGUCAUGGGGAUGAGGCUUGGAGAGUUUUAUGUGAUGAUAGGGCUGUUAUAGAGUUUCUUAACCAAUAUAAGGGCAAGGAUGAAUACCAUGUCUACAUUAAACAAUCUUUGUCUACAGAAGGAGAGAAACAUGAUGGUGAUUUUAAUGAUAGAGUGACAACAACAGAUGGAGGAACUAAUGAAAAUCAAGAUGGACAAGCAGCUAAACAGGUUGGAGAUAAUGUGACAACACCACAGUUUGAAGAGGAUGUUUGGUGUGAUGAAGAAACAGAUGAUUCAAAUAGUGAGUUUGAGGUGCAUCCGGAUUGGGUUAGUGAUAAUGAAGUUGAAGAUCGUGAGGAAAUUGCUGCCAAUCUAAAGAAAGCGAAAGAAAACUUGAAGAAAGGAAUACUUACCACGUAUCACUCUGAUGACGAGAUGGACAGAAGACAAGAAAUAAUUGUCAAGGAGGGUGGCUUUGACUCUGAUGACAUUGGGAGUCACGAUGAAACCGAUGGUGAAGAUGAACUGGCUGAUCAUGACGUACGUAGAAAAAGCAAUUUUCCUAAGUUCAAUCCGAACUUGGGCACACCAUUCUUUGAGGUUCUACUACUUGGAUCUGCACCUUCUUUGUUUCCUGCUGGGGCAUCUCAUGUAAGGUUCCAGGCUGAAAUUCUCAUGGGGGAAUUGUGGUCCUUAUGUUAUGAAUUGAUGGAAUUGUGGUUCCAGGGCAAUGGAAGGGAGGAGUAGACCAACUGCAACUCUGUUGUACACUGCAUUAACUUGUGCAUUGUCCUUUUUUCCCAACAACAGCUCAAUGAUCUGUUUCUGAAAUUGUCAUCCACUGAGGGAACUCUUGGUGUCUUUGGGCUUGUUUUCCAGCAGAGAAGGAAUUGGCUGGUCUUAGAACUGAAAGGAAGAUAGCAGAAGAGGGACAGGGGGAAAGGCAACGAGAUCAUUAACUACAUGCUGUAAUUUUACUUGUUUUCCCCUUCUGAACGUGAACAUGAACCAUGAGUUGGUAUUUUUUGUUUUCUACCAUUGAGAAUGUUUAUGGGAGACUAAGACUUAGAAAUAUUAUUUGGGUCUGUUUUGUAAUAUGCAAGACUUUUAACUUACCAAAAUCUGACUUAUACCCAAAUGGACCCAUUUGGGUCGGCCCAAAUAUACAGGCCCAUUUUGGACCCAAUUUAAACCCAACCCAACCCAAAAAAGUAAAAAGAAAUUUGGAUCCAUUUGGGUCCAAACCCAAUGCCCAUAUGGGUCAAGGUAUUUGGGUCAAAAGACCCAAUAGGCCUGCCCAUU